UUGUUGACCCAAUGCGUUACGGUCCGCUGGGUCUUCGUGCUAAGUUCGGUGAUUAUUGUUUAUUUGUUAAGCCAUGUUGAAUACCUGUUCACCAGUAAGUUCUGAAACGCGCACGUACUCUAAACAAACGUCAUUCUGAGAGACUCGUGGAAUUUUUAUUCGGGUGUUGCGACUAGGGUGGAUAACUCUUACGACUCUCACGGAUUUUGUAAAGCCGAACGACAAGAGAGAUGGCAUUAAGAAUCACUUCGUGCUUAAUGUACAUCAGACUUUGGUAAUAAUCAUUUACUGUUGAUGUCCUGAAAAGUAACAAUCUAGCCAUGACAUCCAAACGCGUCCGUAACCUUUUCAGCAAGUUUGGCCGCACCAAAAGUCAGAGCACAACUGAUUUGUCAGAAUGGAGCAAAACUGAUGAAAAGUUGAUGAAGGCUGUAGAAGCCACAGACAUAAAGAAAGUCUCCAGCAUCUUAUCCAGAAAGUCCAUGGUUCCCACUAAGCUUGGACCACGAGGUCAUUCUAUCUUCCAUGUGGCAUGUGCUAUUGGGAAUAUGCAGAUUGUGGAAAUGCUUCUUAAAGAAACAGAUGAUGUCAACGACUGUACAAUUCAAGGCAACACAUGUUUACAGCUUGCAGCUGCUAAAGGACAUGCUCAGAUUGCACAGUGUUUGAUACAGUCUGCAGCAGAGGUGGAUAUGCGGGACAGCAAUGAAAUGACAGCAUUGCACCAUGCAUGUGCAGGGCUUCACCAUGGAUGUGUUCAGGUUUUGUUGCAAGGUGGGGCUGACCCACACAGCACCGAUAAAAGCGGGAAGACACCCCUCUUCUAUGCUGCCCAUCGUGGGGAUGUAAAUAUUUGCAAGCUGCUAAUAGACAAAGGAGCAGAUGUUAAUGCUGGUGACAAAAUCCAAAUGACACCAUUGGUGAUAGCAGCAAGGGAAGGCAACCGUGAUGUUUGUGAGUUUCUUUUAAAAAGAGGGGCCAAUGCAAACCACACUGAUAGAGAAGGUCGCACAGCACUGCAGCAUGCUCUCAAAGCAGGACACACUGAACUUAAAGAAGUUUUUGCUAGUGCUCCUGCUCAGGCAUCGUGGAAUCUGAACAAUACAGUAGAAGCUGUGAGUACCACCCAUCAAGAACCUGUCCCUUUGCGCUCAUAUUCCUCACCCCAGGAAGACAUUGUGACAAGGUUCACACACAAUGACUCGCCUGCACCUCAGGGCACAGCAGAUAAAGUACAGCCUCUAGCAGGGAGUGACACAGAGAAGGCAAAUCAUUCUGACAGCAUGACACUUCAGCAUGACAAAGGCAGUGUGAGCAUCCCAGCAGAGCAGUUAGCUCUUCUGACAAAGGAGACCAAAAUAUACAAGGAACUUAAGGCAGAACAUGAGCAGCUCAGUGAAGAGUACCACACGCUGUCCAUUGAAAAUUUACGUCUGCGUGAUAGGGUGGAAUAUCUACAGCAUCAAUCCAAUGUCAAAAAUGAGCAGGAAAUCAAGCUUUUACCACAGGAAGUUCAAGAUGAGAUUAAGAAUUUGAAAAACCUCCUGGAUGAAGAGAAAGAGCGGCGGCAGGAGCUAGAGGGAAAGCUGCUGGCCAAGCACACAGAUGAGGUAGAGGGGAAACUGUUGGUCAGGCAGGCAGAUGAAGCUGAGGCAACAGUGAAAGAAAGUCAUGACACAGACAGCUGGCAGGAAAGUGAUGAGGAGUUGUAUGAGUCUUCUGACAAAAAAACAAAAAGUGGAAACAACGUAGAAGACAAACAGAUGGUAGCUUUACUUCGCAGUCAGAUCUUAGCACUCCGUCAGGAAAACGAUCAGCUGAAAGAAAAGUUACAGCCAAGGGAAGCUGCUGAUGACCAGAAGGUUGCUAGAGUUGUGAGCAAUGAGGAGCUGGUCAGGACAAAUAUGACUCUUAAGACUGAGCUCCAGUCACUGCAGAGAACAAUUACAGCUUUAGAAGAGGAGAAGUCGGCUCUGCAAAACAAAGUAGACAUGUUGGAGGAAGAGAAGGCAUCCAUACCAUCAGAUAAAGUGGCUGUGAUGCGUUCACACAAGCUUAUGGAGGAGGUGAAGUUUGAUGAAGAAGGAUUUGUAGAUGGCCAGGAUCUGACCAAGGAAGAGUUUUUGCAGGCCCAGAAUGAACAUUUAAAAGACCACUGUAGUGUAUUAACGGAGGAGCUUGUGAAAUUGCGGGGGACAUUCGAUGCAAUCCUGAAGGCUGGUGAUAACCUGCAGGUAGACUACGAUCAGCUGCAAGCAGAAAAAGAAAAAAUACAUGACCGCUUGGAAGCUGUAAUUAGAGAAAAGGAAGAGGUGGUGAAGGAGAACGAGUUUUUGCUGUCAGAUGGUAAUGCACUCCAUGAAGACCUCAAAAAACUUAUUCAAGAACUGGAAAAAAUGCAGGACAAAUAUAAUAAAGUCUGUGCUGAAAAAGAAGAAUUAGAACGGCAGGCUACAGCCAUCACAAUUGCUAGCAAAGUUGGGGAAGUGGCUAGACUUUUGGAAGAGAGAGAAAAAAUGCAACAGAGGCUAAGAGACGCAGAGAAGACACUUGAGAAACUGACACAUGACCAAGCUAUUCUGCUUGAAGAAGUGCAGAGUCUUCAAGAACGUAAUGCAGCAGCAUCUCAGGAAAUUGAAGCUCUACAGGCAGAACUGGAAGAGGCUGAGAAUAUGGCAGCUCAGCACGAGGCCCUGACCAAGGACUAUAACCAGCUGGAGAUCGACUUCAACGAAUUACUCAAGGACAAAGAAAGGCUUGAACAGGAUCUACUUAACCAGGCAGGUAGCACCAGCCCAACUCCCAAGCACCGGCUGCCUAGCCACACAGUAGAAACAGAGCUGUGGCUGGAAGAGCGAGAUCUUCUGGUUGCUGAACGAGACCAGCUGGAGCUCACCAUUAAAGAGCUAGCAACAGAAAAUGCUCUGUUGGAGAAAAAACUGGAGCUGGCGCAGAGGAAAAUUCUGGAAAGUGAGUCUGGGGGAGUAGAGAAAGCUCCAGGGAGCUUUCCAAGAACCAAUCAAGGUCAGUCACAUCUGGAGCGCAUGCUAGAAGAAGUGACCAGAGAGAAUGGAGAGUUGGAAGAGGAGCUGGCCCAUGCUCAGGAUCAAAUUGCAGACUUGGAGGCAAGGCUAGAAUCUAGUCAACGUGAAGAGGAUGAGGGAGAGGAUAUAGAGGCACUGAGGGCAAGCGUCACUCAGCUAGAACUAACAGUAGCAGAACUGUCAAGGGAAAACGUCCAGCUGGAGAAUGACCUUCUCAACUCUCGGAACAGCUCGAAGCUGCACGAGAAGCACUGGACAGCAAAUGGGUGUUAGAGCACAGCAAAUUCCACCAGGGAAGAAACAAUAGAAAAACUUAAGAAACAAAAUGGUGCCUUAGUUGAGCAAGCAUCUGCCUUACAAAAAGAGAUUGCAGAUUUGAAGCAGAAUGUAAAUAUGCAGAGCAAAGCAGGAAAAACUUUGGAUGUUAAUAUCCGUGAAAAUCACUUGUUAGAAGCGAUAGCUCAGCUUCAAAAUGAGAAGGGAAAGCUGGAACAAGAACUGCAACAACUGAAAGCCAAGCAUCAAACUGUGAUACUCGAAUCAAGGGGAAGAAGUGCUACAGUAACAGAAAGUCAUCAGUUUGAUGAAGAGAAAAAAUACCAGAUGGAGGAGGUCCAAUCCCUGAGGGCCCAGUUAGACAAGCUUCAUUUACAUAUGGCUGAACUGGAGCAGAGUUAUCAAGAUAAAGUCAAUACUUACAGGACACACCUACUUAGUGCUGUCCAGGGUCAUAUGGAUCCAGAUGUAAAGGAGGCACUGCACAGCAUCAUUGAGAUGCGAAGCAUGGAACAGUUUUGUUGACCGCAAACUCCAGGUUCUUGUAAACUGGAGACAUUUAGCUCAGGGCAUGGAGCUGGUGUGACACUUUCAGAUAUUACCCUGUGAUCUACCUGUUAACUAUUCACUUGACUUGUGGAUAUACUCUUUUAAGUUAAGAUAAACUAUGGUGCUUGUGAAAAAUAAAUGCCUUUUAUGGAUAUUUUUUAAAAAAGGCGUACAAUAAUAUGCUGCAUUUUAUUAGUACCAUAAAUGUAAAUUUUGAAUAAGGUUUCUGCUUAGUUGUUUCUGAUUCUAGUAUUUAUGUUAAUGGUAUUUUGAAAUCGUUCCUGCAGUUGUGAUCCGAAAACAGUUGUCCUUUGUUGGGGAAAUAGUGGAUAGCAAAGACAAAUCAGAAAUUUACUGUUUACUAACUUAUGGUGUUCUGACUGUUCAAGUCAAAGUAUGUUUACAAUUCGUAGCCAUUCUUUUCAUCACUCCCCCAUGUUGUCUUCCAUGUUUGCCUUUUUUAAAUCAGUUUUCAAGACAUCUUUCACAUCUGUCUGCAAAGAUUUUCCGCUAUUUGUGCUCCUGAACAAAGUACAAAUGUGCAAACAGAAGCCAAUCAAGAUGUUUUGGAGGUGGGGAGGGUGGAACCGCAGGUGGUAUUUUUUUAUAUGUUCAAAGUCUUUUGUACACGCACUUUGAGCAACAUCAGUAUUGAGUACUUGCUGCUUUGAUUCACUUGUUCCUAUGCAAUAUUUUACAUUUUAAAAGAUUUUUAUAGAGCUGUUUAGACAAUGCUGUAUGCUAUUAGUUAUGGAAGUGUCACCUGCUAGUCUCCACAUUUAAUAGAAAGAGGGUUUUUUCCUUCUCCUCUAUCUGGUUCAUUAGUUGUUCAAGCUUGGCCGACUGAUUUAUUUGUAUAUGUCUAUUCACAUUUUUAUCAUUUUGGUUUCUGUGAAUCCUUUCUAACCUCAAGCCUUUCUCCUAAUCGAAAAUGUAAAAACAAUAAGGAUCAUAUGUUCUCUACUUACAAAAAAAGAACUGUUUGAAUCUACAGCAACAGAUAAAAUACCAUGAAUGAAAAAAAUCAUGGUUUUCCCACUUUGAUGACUUCAUAGUGUUUAGUUCUUGUCAGCUUAUGCAAUUUUUCUUUUAAAUGCUUCUAAUUAAUGAACAGACACAUUUUUAGUUUUAUUCCUCUAGCUAAAGGUAAAACUUACAGCUAAUGUUGGAGAAAGAAUGGUUUGACCCGAGAAGGGCAGUGAAGAACACAUGGCACUGGCCAUCCUAGUAGUCAUUCUUCUCAACCUGCUUCUAUCUGGCCCAACAAGUACCUUCACUUUCCUGAACCAGAUCAAACCCAUUCUUUCCUGCUAAAGGGACAUAUCAGCCUUUAUAGCAGGUGACACAUCUACAACUGAAAGCAAAUAAAAUGGUGUUGCUUUGUUCAUUAUGUCUUUGUUUUCAAGAAGACAAUGUUUUCUUAAGUAAUUUUUUACCUCAUUCUUCAUAGACCAAAGAGAGUUAAAUGCUUUGCUUAUACCUUUAUUUAGCUACAUGCAUUCGGACACAAUCACAUUCUUUCUUAUGGUUAAAACAUUUAGUUUCUAAAAUAAUUUUGAAGAUUUUUAAAAAGAUUUAAUCUGUAUUCCAUUUGUAUGUCUCUUAUAAAAAUGUAGGGGAUGGGACAAAAGUUUUGACAUUUUUUUAUGUAAACAAAUAUUUUCCCCAUCUUAAAACUUGACUUAAAAACAUAAAUAAAACAGGACAGCCUUGUGAAAUGUGAUAACAUUUAGUGAUAUAUACUUUUUACUGAUCAUUUGACUAUUCAACAGAAACUUAAAAUGCAGCCAAAUACUAUUGAAUAUACUUAAGAAUAAUACAGCUUCUGCUAGCCAUUUCUUGAAAAAAUGUUGCUACAAAUUUUAUAAGAUUUUUAUGUUUAUUUAGUUGGUACAAUUGCACAACAGAUGUGCAGCAUUCUGGUCUUGAUGAAGUUUUCUUUUUUCUUGAGGAGUGUCUAUAUCCAUUGUUCUAAGAGUGAUGAAUAAAACAUUUACAGUUAGCACUAAUUGUAUGUAAAAUAUACCUUUUAGAACUCAUAAUUAUUUUACUGUUACUAGUUAAUGUGACUAAAAUUUUGUGCAGAUAAUAAAAACUUGCAUAAACUUUUGUAAAAACUAAUGUCAUCGAGGCAUCUAUCUGCAGUUAUCUAUCAAACCUUUUAAACCAUUUUGAAAUGGAAUAUUUGUGAUAUCAAUUUUCUAUGAAUAGUCAUAAAACUGUUUAUCUGGUAUCUUGUAUGGCAUAAUUAUUUAGGUUUGUGAUCUUAAAAAAUGUAUAGGGAAGAUUUAAUUAUGCAAAGCAGUGAGAUUUUUUUCCUCUUCAGCAAAUAAUGAAGAAAACAAUUUUCUCAAAGUCACAAGAUUUGGGUGAAGGAAUUGCUUUUGAUGAUAAAGUGUCUUAAUUGUUUAGUUAGGUCUAUUGAUGCUGCUGUAACAUUCAAGACCUGCUUUAAAAUCAGAUGGUAUGCGGAUGUAAGCAGCGUCAAAUAGCUUUUUAAGAGCCAACAGAAGCUGUGGCAUUCUGAAGGUCACUAUGGUUUUGUCAAAUUUCCAGCAUUCCCACUUUGCUGUUGUAUUAUUGUGGACCAGUAUUUUUAUGGGUUCUCCCUUUCCCCCAAAUUCCAAACUUCCGGACAGAUUAGUAGUGACUGAUGAAUGGUAGCGUAGAUAUUGAAAAAAACAAUAUGGUGGUAUCCAGAAGGCACUGUAAAAACAUUGUUUUUAGAACUUGUAGGACUUGUUUAUUUUGUUACUUUCAGAUGAUUUACUAAAGUAAAAUGUUUCAUACUUGAGAACUGGUUUUAUGAAACAUCAAAUAUGCAGGGCUGCUAAGUACAUGCCCAUGUAGGCACAUGUAGUUUGUGGGUUGGCAGUAUGAGGAGGGCAAGAGAAGAGAACAAAGACUGGGCACAUAAAAUGGUGCAAAAAGGAAAAUAAAGUUUUUUGUUUUUUGUUUUUGUAAUUUUAAUUUUCCUUCAGAUCUUUUUCAUUCUAUGUGUACAAUCACUGAAGUUUUUUCACUGAUUAGUGUGCAGCUGGCAAACAAAACCACUGUUGCCAAAGCCCACAUCACUGGAAAAACAGACUAUCAGCAAAUAAAUGAGAAUCUCAGAGUUAUUAGUAAAUAGGAAAGAGUAGUUUUGUUUCAAUAUGUUGUGUGUAAAUAAGGAUUUGCAAGCAGCUGAAAACGUUAACUGUCAAAUCAAAUUGAUCAGUAAGUGCAUGGAUUUUGAAAUAAAGUGUUAAGACAUUUUUGAUUGUGUAUAUAAAUGGAAGCUUAAGCAUGUAAAUCUUGUACUUUAAAGCUUUUUAAUUUUGUGUUUUAUCUGGAGAAACUUUUGAAAUAUUUUGUUGACAUGCCACACCAUUUUUUAAAAUAUGUUAUUCAGUUUUAUUCUUCUCUUGCCAAACAUAUGUUUCCCACCAAGAGGCAUUGCCUCUAGGCAUUACAAAGAAGAAAAGCUCAGCAUUUUGUGCAGUCAAAAUGCAAAACAAAAAGAUAAAAGAAUGAGUUAAAAAAUGUGUACUUCCAAAUAUGUUCUGACGAUGUACCAAAAGGAAAACUAGCUGUGACAAAUGUAUUUUGAAUUGUUCAAUUUGUUUAUUUUUUACUCAAUUGUAGCACAUUUAUACAAAAUAAUUAUGCAAGAGCUGAAAUAUCUACUCUAUAUCUACUGUGUGCCUUUUCUUCUUGCUUUGCUUUUAUCAUUUUAUAUACAGGACAUAGCUGUUAUUAAGCUGAAAAAAAACCAUUUAGGCAAAGGUCUGUUGUUCCGCAUUGUUUUUUCUUCCAAGUGUUUACAAUUCUCAUGGAAAUAUAUGUAUGGAAUUGAAAUAAAUUAUUUUAUAAAAUUUA